AAAAAAUGAGUUAGUUUUAAAGAAUGAAUAGAAAACUUGAUGAAGGUUGGAAAUUAACUACUAUGGUAUGUGAAUGCAAAGCAACAUUAUUAAUAUUUCUAGAAAACAGAAAUUUAUAUUGUCCUAAAUGUGAUAUCAUUACUUAAGAUUAAGUGAUUUUAGAUUAAGACUCCUAAGACACCAAAAUUAAAACAAAUCAAAGUGGAUCAGAAUCAAAACCAGAGAUUAUUCAAAAAAAAAAUAGUAAAGAUUAUGAUUCAGAUGAUUUCAAUUUUGAUGAUUAGGUAGAAGAUUUUAAUUAGAGAUUUUUAUUAAAUAAAGCAGCUGCAGAUGAAGCAUCCAAAAAAAUAGGUUAAUUACUUUUAUAAGGAUGGACUAUGCUAGGUGAGUCUUGUAUAGUAUGUUUAUAACCAAUCAUGAAGAGUAAAUAAGGACUUAGAUUAUGUGUCUAAUGUAAUAAAGAAGAACGAAUAGAUUAACCCAAAGUAUAAGAAGUAAAAUCUAAUAUAACACAAGAAAAGGAUACUGUUUAAAUGGUUGUCUAAUAAGUCUAGUAACAAAAUAUUUAAAUUUAAUAAAAAAAAUAAAUUAGUGAACCUGCACAUUAACCAUAAUUAGAAUAGAAAAUAGAUAACAUUAAAUAUGAUAUAUCCAAUAUAACUAGAUCUAAAGAAGAUGCUCAAACAUUAAUUACAUCUCAGUUGAAAAUUUAUUAUGAAAAAUUGUAAUCAUCAGUAGAUGAUAUCAAUUUUUACAAUUUAAACUUUUUAUCUGAAUAAAUUAAUAUAAUUGAAUAAUAAGUAAGUUAAACAUUAAAUAACAAUACAGAAUUAAUGAGUACAAGAAUCAAUACUUUAAAGAUUUUAACAUCAAUUCAUGAAAAAUUAAUGUAAUAAAAUUCUUUAGAAAGGGCUUAAAAAUUUAUGGGCAUUAUUUUGAUAAUAUAUAAUAUUGUGUAGAAACAAUGA